AUGACAGCAAUCCAAGAUGGUGGACUUCCUUGCGGAAAACAACGCUUGUGGACAGACCGUGUUGAAGCUCGUUAGCAGAGGAAAUGCGAUCGUUGCAGAGCUUCUCCGGCUUUCCGACUUUAUACCGCCAGUGUUUAAGCAAGAAACGAAAGAAGAUCGCGAUAAAUAUGGCGAGAUUUUGGCGGACUUCUCCUAUUUCAAAGGUCCCGAUUACUACGAGAACCGCAUAGAUUCUAAGCCGGUAAGCUUAAGUAAAAUGAGCUGCUCAAAUGUUACGUAGCUAUUUCUUUUCUCUAUGGAGGUACUCGUAAUUCUCUUUACUACCCCGUAUAUGCUACAAAAAAAGAGGAAUCCUUAAACGGAAGACUAGCAUGGCUCGGAACCGAGACAUCAGCUGUUUGUUAUCAUAAAAAUAAUUAUUUUUAUGGGUAGGGCUGGGCGGGAGGUUGGGGUUCUCCAGAGGGGUUAUCGUUUUGGUGGAUUGUGUUAAUUUCAUUAUACCACUAAAAGAUCAAUUUAGAGCAUGGGGAUAUUUCUAAAAAGUUAGCCAACUUUUUAUACACCAACUUUUGAAAUUUGAUUUACAUCAAUUUUUGCUGUUGUAAUUGUAAUGAUAAUUUAUUGUAAUUUGUUUACCCAUUGAGCUCUUAGGAGUUCAUAAGAACUUGUUGAUACGUGUUCGUGCGUCCCAAAUCGAGUUGGAAUUUGGAAGUGUCAGUUUUUAAGCAGAUGGGAAAAUUGGAGUACACGGGGAAAAACCUCUCGGAGCAAGGGAGAAAACCAACAACAAACUAGAUGCACAUAUAGCAUCAAUGCCAGGAUUCGAACCUGGGCCACAUUGGUAGGAGGCGAGUCCUCUCACCACUGCACUAUACCUUUUCUCCCCACCCUUGUUAUAAAAUGGAAAAGCUCGCCCUUCUCCAGACCCCACAGAAAGAGAAUUACAGGUGGAUGGAGGCACUUUUGAUCAGAAAAUGUUCCCAGGCAGGAAAGAGUUUUUUUAUCUUUAAGAAAAUAUAUGGAGACAAGUUUGGAGAAUUUCAAAGUGCUGAGUUUGUUGUCAUACCGCUGUGGUCUUGGAGACCCUACCCAUCUCAGACCUAAAAGCUCAAUAUGUCACCCCAUGGCGGCCAUAGGGGUUAAUUUGUUUACCACAGCUCUGACUGGACAAGAAGGGAGAGGGCAACAUACACUGUACACUCCCCUAUAAGACUGAAUUAUGACAUUCACUUUUUGUCUUUAGGAGCUGCAAGAUCUAGAUGAAGAAUUUAGAGAAAAUCACAUUGAGAUCUUAACCAGAUUCUACAAAGCGUUUGAAAGUGUUCACAAGUAUAUCACUGAUCUGAACAGGUAAUUUAGCCACUUUGUUGGUCCUAACAGUAAUUUUGAAAAAGUAAAUAUUUGCAGGAGCUUAAUUCUUGAAAAUGAAAGGAAAAUACAGUUUAGCUGAACAUUGUGGUGAGUUAAUUUGUCAAUUUCUCCAACAUUACUGUGAUGAUUGAUAAAGUCUUUUCGCUAUUAUGAUUCUUCAGAGCAGCGGUGGAUAAAAGAUUCAUCUGCUUAUUAAUUCUUUUUCCUCCGUUUUCAUCAUUGUCAAGAUCAUCAUUAACUGAGUUUCUUUUUCAUAGACUCUAAAUAAAAUAGCAUAAUUGUACCAGAUCACAGAAAACUUGACUUUUCAGUAGGCACUUCAUCACUUGGUUAAUGUCGUUAUAGGUAUCUGGAAGAUCUUGAUGAGGGAGUUUUUAUACAGCAGACACUAGAGAGUGUGUUGCUAAAUGAAGAUGGAAAACAACUAAUGGUAAAUAUGUUUCUUUAUAAGAAUUUGCUUCAUUUUAAGUACUGGUCAAAGUUGGAAUGUGUUGGAAAUAAGCAUACAUCACUAUUGUUUGUAUUUCAGUGAAAAGAUAAUCGAAGAAGUGACCGAAUACCUUCUGAUUGACCAGCGCUUACAUUAGGCUUUUUUGGUGUCAAGAUAUACAUUUACAUUUUGUUCAAGAAACAUACUAUUUUUUCCUGCUUGCAAUAACUGUCUUCUUAUAAAGGGAUGUCUUAAAAUUUAUUAGCAUUGUUUAAUACUGUAAUGUUUUCUUGCUGAUAGUGUGAAAGCCUCUACCUGUAUGGCAUUAUGCUUCUUGUCAUUGAUAUGAAGUUUGAAGGGGAUGUGCGGGAAAGAAUGCUCGUUUCCUAUCACAGAUACUGGUGAGACAUUUUAACACAUACAGUUCAAAACAGGUGUUAAUGCCAGUACUUCAUGUUUACCCUUGGAGACAUUAGAAAUUAUUGUUGGGCAUUUAUUAUAAUUUUUUGUCUUUCAUUCUUUUGUUAAGUACAUGUACGAUGCAAAUCCUUAGCUUCAAAGUGAUAAUCUUUGGGAAUUUAACUAUCCCGUCUUCCCAUUACAAUGUAGGAUUUGAUUGGAUAUGUGCCAAGGCAAUUUUUUGUGGGACGUGUCCUAUGGCUGACUGUCAUUUACAGCUCUUCUCAAGAGUAAAAUAAUCAUUUUUCCUCUAAAAAGCCUAAAAACGUUUAAGCAAAAAUGCUGGGGUUCAAACAGUGCGGACAGGGCUCAAAAUAAUGGCUGAUCAACAGACAAUGUCUUGACUGAUUGGGGAGUUGACUGGUCAACCUUUUGUCUUGCCGGUCAAGUUGACUUGUCACAUUUGAUCCUACUGAAAAUAAAAAAAUUAAAAUUUCAAUGCUGUUCAGUAAUUUGUUAUCAGUACGCAGCGAGCUGCUUUGUGUUGCGGAACUUUGAUCUGAAAUCCUGGGUGUAAUGCAACUAGAACCAUUGUUUAAAAUUCGCACAUUGAAACAGACAUCGGAGUUCACAUACCCCCGAGUUAAAAUGCCUGGUUACUAUGCUUUUUCUCGAUCAAUACAAAUUUUCCUCCCUUGUAAUGGGGAGUAACAUGGAUUGCUGGCAGAGUUUUAGGAUCAAGUUCUCACACCAUGAUAUGUACAACAGAAAUUAUUAUAUUUGGAGGCGCCGGACAAAUUUAAUGCAUUCGAUAAUGAUAUUUAACGUGUUAAUUACGGGUUAGUCUCACAGACAGUGUUCCUUUUAAUACACCCAAGCUUAUUUUCAUUUUGCUGCUGUAAUUUAUUUUUAUUGUUGACAAUGAGUGCUUUCAGUUAAAGUGCUAAAAGCUCUAAGCAAAGCCUUUUUUGGAAUAUAUAUAAUGCCAGUUUUGGGUCAUGAGCCCCCAUUUUAAGAGUUAUGAAUUUAUCUUAUAAGUUUGACCGACCAGAAACGAUGCGUGAAAGGACUAAAAUGAAUUUGGCUGGUCAUCGUGUCUGGAGACUCAGUCUUGGCUCUAAAAAGUCUGAGGCUUAGUGGAAUAAAAGAGAUAAAGUCACAUUCAGGUUCAUGGAAAAAUUAUUGAUAAUUGAUCUAAGCCUUAUAGCCAAGUAUGAAUUUUAACAAAAAAAAUUAUAUUGAAAAUGGCCUAUUGCGACAAAUUUAUACUCUCUAAACAUAGCUUACAUAGAUUUAGUACAACUUCCUACAUUAUCAAAGAUUAGACUUUUAUUUAUUUUGAUUGGAUGAUAGGGAAGGUUUUUUAACCUGUAAUUUUAAUAUUUUGCUAUUUUAGUGCAGCAAGAGCAGAUGUUGACUCCAACAUUGAUGAUGUUUGUAAGCUUCUUAGAAGCACAGGAUUUUCCAUUGCUCCUGGAGCCAAAAGACCUAUCAAGUAUCCAGAAGAUUACUUCCGGUGUGUACUUAUGUCUUAUGCAGGAAUUCUUUUUUUACUACAGAAGUUCUCCUAUUUGGCAGUUCUACUUGUGGCCUUUGCAUAGAAACACGAGGGAGCUAUUUAGCAACAAUGAAGUCGAUGGUGACAAAAAUGUUCUUAAAAAGUGAUUACAUGCUGUUUCAAAAUCCAUGGCUCUUUUUCAUGUUGUUCGAUUUUUCAAUUGUUGGUGAAAUUUUCUGGAUAAAAGUUGUAUUCUAAAGGACUUAGUCAACAAAACGUGAUAUUAGACAGCUUCACGUCAUGAUCUAAAAGCAUUCUUGAUAGGUGCGGAAAGGAGGAAUGAAAUUUUGCAACAAGGUAAAUAUUUUGAUGGCACCUGUAUACCCACAUUAACGUUGUUAUAUAUCGUACAGGAUUGUGUUUCUCUUUAUCAAACAGAGUUUUGAAAAAAAAAAAAGUCAGAUUUAUUAUGUGAGCAGACAGCAUUCUGUACUUCUGUGACAAUUUGCUGUUGGCUGGAGUUUCUAGAGAACUUCGUCUAAUGCUGAAAACCAAGUGACAAAUUAAAUUAUUUUAUUAAACCCUGCCUUUGGUGUUCAUAUGGUUGAAUUUUUUCUAGGCGUAUUUCAGUACCAGAUACUUUAGUUGACAUGCUGAUUGGUCGCCUGCGGUCUGACGAUGUCUAUAAUCAGGUCAGCUAUGUUGUAUUUCUCUGUUUGUCUAACCAAAUUGUAACCCAAGUGUUAUACAUUAGUUACUAGGUAGAGAGUGUGUCAAUAAUGACAAUGUUUUGUUUUUUCCUGAAGAUGGCCCUUUUAUACAUAUUAUUCUAAUAUUUGAAGCAUGAACAUAACUCUGUAUUGUUUGAUUGUUAAUGUGUUGAUGUGUUUUGUUUCCCAGAUCUCAGCUUAUCCUCUGCCUGAGCAUCGUAGUACAGCACUGGCAACUCAAGCUUCCAUGCUGUAUGUCAUUUUGUUUUUUGCACCUGACAUUCUACAAAAUCAGCAGGCAAAAAUGAGGGAAAUAGUUGACAAACAUUUUCCUGAUAACUGGGUAAGGACCAAAUUAUGAUUAUUUUGUUCUUUUAAGUGCUGCAAUACAAAUGAUGAUCUUCCAGACAACUACCAAUCUGAAUAAGAGUGUGACAGAUCACCACUGCUAGUGGUUAUAUUGCUGACUUCUCAGUGCUUGACGCUGACUUGUUUGGACAUUAGGCAAUGGGCUAGGAAGUGAAAAGUGAGCAAUCCUAAUCUCCAGGUUGUUAUAAUGCAUGAGUCACAUGUAUGUAGCAAGCAUCUGUUUGGACUUCCACUAAGAAUGUAUGGAAUGCACAGAACGCACUUUGAUCACGCACGUUUGGACCUUCUAUCACUCGUAAUCUGAUCAUGCAUGUUUUGACCAUCAUUCUGUCACAUGAAACUUAUGCAAAGCACUGCGCUGGAGCAAAAGCAUUUUGACCUUCGAUCAUUGUUGCUCGCACUCCAUAACCUUUGGUUAUUACUAGUUUCAGUGUUAUCUAAUCCCUGAGCUUCAGCUUACUUUCAUGACUUCAUUGUCAGCGGGUGGGGUGGGGCUGUUCCCUAGAGGGGUCAUGAACAUUUGUGUCUUUGUAUGAUGGGGUGUCAUUUAAAUAUUCUUGUAUGUAGGCAAAGUAAAUAGAAGCAAAUUUAUCCCUUCUGCUUAUUCUCAUAUUGCUGCAUAAACAUCGAUAAUAACUGUAGUUCGUGAUUUAAACAUAUAAUUUUCCCACCAGGUUAUCAGCAUUUACAUGGGAAUUGUUGUAAAUUUAGUUGAGGCAUGGGACCCCUACAAAGCUGCCAAAACAGCACUGAACAAUACUCUUGAUGUGACUAAUGUUAAAAAUUUGGUAAGAAUGUCAAGUCAUUCAUUCUUUCAUUCUUUGCCUUGCUUGUUUGUUCAUCUGUUUGUUGAUUCCCAUUCUGUGUGAUAUUACGCAGACUGUGAUCAGUCACUUUAUUAUUUUGUUCUAGAAAUUGUAGGUGGGUACAUUUGUUUUGAUUGGGGAGUGAUCAUCAUACUUCUCCUUAUUUUGACAUGGCUAGCAUAAUCUGGUGAAUGUUAUCUGCCCUGUGCACCCCCAACUCCUAUUCUCAGAAUAGUUUUGUUCUCUCCCUGUACUCGCAGCCAAUUUGGAUAUUGUAAAACAAUGGAUCCAUGAUUAAAUGCUUUGCAGUGUGUUUACAGUGUAGUACCUUGAUCCAAAAAGGAUGGAGUAAAUAAUUGCACAGGGCCUAGUUAUACACUUACUGUGUAAUUUUCUUUUUCUUUUUGUAGGCAAGCAGAUUCAAUACCAAAGUUAGGAGUUUAAAUGUGGAGGUAAGCAAAUUGUUUGGGGUUUGGUAUGUGGAGGAUGCUUGCUAUUAAACUUUGUGAUUGUACAUGUGCAUAACCAUUAUGAAUGCAUAUACAUGUACAUAAAGGUAAUGGUAAACCAUAAAUCACCAAUGAUAUUGUUGCUUAUUGUUGCUUAUUUUUAAGUAAAUCUAACAUGAUUAUAGGUAAUACAUUAAUUAGUAAAGGAAAAUUAAUUAAGUUACAUUAUUCUUAGGUGGUGAAUUACCUCAAAGAAGGAGCUCUCACUGAAGAGUAUGUGUUGGAUCACAUUCCAAAACUGAUGAACUGCUUGAGAGAUUGUAAUGUAACACUCAGGUGGCUCAUGCUUCACAACUGUGAAAGUAAGUUUUUGAUAUGCAUUAAAUAUGCAUUAAUAUUAGUAAUAAUUAACAAUAUAAUAAUAAUAAUAAUUUUGAUAACAAUAAAAUUAAUAAUGAUAAUGCUAGUAAUAAUAAUAAUGAUAACAAUAGUAUUGAUAACAAUAAUGAUAAUAAUCGUGACACCGCCACUGGUUUCCUCAUGAAUUGACGACUAAGUAAUGACUUCAGAUAUUCCAUGCUGAUGACCUGUCUCUACCCAGAUCUUAGUAGUGCUUCUGAUUGGUUGAAGAAACUUUCCCUCAGGGCAUGACUAAUCAGAAGCAGUAUGGGUAGUGAAGCAUCAUCAAAAUGGAAUUUCUGGGGUUGUCCCUGCCUAACACAAGAAUGUUGUAAAAAUAAUACUCAAAGUUUUCAGGAAAGCAGCUUUGCAUUGACAAAGUGUAUUCUAGUGUUUUAUCACAGGGAUAAUAAAUGUAACUUUGUGAUUUGUUUUCACACUGAUAGUGUUUGAUAUGCAUAAGAGAUGCCGUUCUCUCAGAGAGAUGGUGACCACAACUGGAUAUGAUCCAAGAACUGUCUUUGAGUUGCUGCUGAACACUGCACAGUUUGAACUCAAUCUCAAGGAGGUUCAGUAUCAUACAAUAACAUGUUACAAAUUUUCAUUGCUCUGCUGUACAUGUACUACUUUUAUGAGUGUCUGCAGUUAUUGGCAGUACAGCUACUGAGGGCCUGUCCCUACCCAUACAACCAUGAAUGAGGCUAGUUAAGGCAUUAAAUAACAUUAAUAGUUCAUUCCCUUGUUGGUACUCCCGACCUAAUUAUUAGACUUGAUAAUUACAUAUAAACUACCCAUUGCUGGAUUUUUUUUUUCACUCAUUCGCAUUGUAAUAAACUAAAGCUGGGUUUUGGAACAAUGGUAACCAUGUUAUUCUUGGCCUUUUUUUUUUUCAUCUUAAACAUGUUUAAGUACUGUCACAGUUUAAGUAAUGAAAAGUAAGAACACAAACAUAGUACCCAUUUCUAUAGUAUGGCUUUAGACUCUGAAUGAAAGAGUUAAAACAUAAUAUUUGUAAUUUUUGGCUUCCUCAAUCAAUUUAGAUGUUCAAGCAGAUGUUAGCGCAGAAACAAGUGCAGUGGGAAAAACACAAAACAGAAGGAGUUGAACGUAUGGAUGAACUGUCAGAAGUGUUUUCUGGGACCAAACCUCUUACAAGGAUACAAAAGAAUGGUACGUGACCUACCAUGGUUUAACAGAAGGCUAGCCAUUUUAAGACUUAUAUUGGCUGGCAUCAACAUUAUUUCCAUAUAGAUGAGCCACAUUUGUAAAUGUUGUAGUUAAUUUUUUAUCUCAGUUAAUUUUUAUUUUUCAAUUGGUUUUGGGCAUGGUAAUGUAUACUAAUAAUGCAUUUGAAACAAACGAAAAGUAAAAAUUUACUGAAAUAAAAAAUUAAUUGCAGCAUAAACAAACGGUACCGAGAAUGGAGGUCAAAAUUUGGAAGAAAAAUAUUUUUGUCACCAAAUUUAUUGCUUAUUCAACAAAGAGCUUUAAGUAAAGUUCAACGAAAAAGAAAGAGUGAAACAGGGUGCAAAGAAGGUUAGUUUUAGUCGUUUUACAGCUUGCCUGUUGCUAGUAUGUACUAGCCUAAGAGUCAUUUUAACUAACCCCAAUUUUUUUUUGUUGAGCAGGAUUGAAUACAGUUCUUUUGUAAUUUAAAUUCUCCCAAAAACAUCACUUGCCCAUUAAGCAAAUUGAGGGCAGAAUUUGCUGGCCCAAUAGCAAAAUCCACUAGCCCUGGGCUACUGGACAUGCUUUUUUUGCAUACUGUGAAACUAAACACUGAUAAACACUCUUUGUCACUUGUAAUUAAUCAGUUGACAGGGUCAUAUAAUUAAACUAUUAAAAUCUGACUUCAGGCACUUAGUAAUUUGACAAAUGUGGCUAAUAUGACCAUCAAAACCCUUGUCUGCAGAAAAUCUCCAAGCUUGGUUCAAGGAGAUGUCCAAUCAGAUUUCAUCCUUGAAUUAUGACGAUUCUACUUCUGCCGGCAGGAAAAUGGUGCAGCUUAUUCAAGCCUUGGAAGAGGUUGUUAUUAACACUCAUCUGGCAUUAACACAAAAGAAGUAACUGUCUUUCCUGGUCCCGCCACAUCCCUACUAUGACAACACCGGGAACAGCCUAAACUAACCAAAAUCCAAAUUCCUUAAAGUGAAUAUAUACGUAUACAUACAUACAACCUUUUAAAUAUUUAUACACGAAAUUAAUUCAAGGCUACAAGCUUGUGGGGUCAUGUGCAAAUGAAAAUGAAAGUCAACCAAGCAAAUUGGAAUUCAUGAAUAACAGUUUGACAAAUUAGAAUUCAUGAAUAAUAGUUUGAUGUGCUAUGUUUAGUUAGGACUGUGCUGCUAGAUAUGUUUAAUGGCCCCCAGUGACUUACUGUGCUUCACCCUUGGACAACUUAAGUACAAAAUGUUAGUUAUUGCAUUAAUCUUAUAAUGCUUGAAAUCCUUGUUUUAAAAGGUUCAAAGGUUUGGGCUCCCUUCAGUGUUUCUUAGAGCACAAUUCUUGAGAAUUACGUUAAGCUACUGGUUGUAUGUAAUACUGUAGUGACACAAGUAACAAAAAUUAAUAGUACUCGACGUUGUAUUCCACUGCACAGUUUGCUAACAUCAUGAAAAUGAGCUUCUUAAUUUGCCUCUUCAAGGUUCAAGAAUUUCAUCAGCUAGAAAGCAAUCUUCAAGUGCGACAAUUCCUGCUGGAAACAAGACAGUUCUUACAUCAGAUGAUCAGGACAAUUAACAUCAAGGAAGAGGUAUGUAUAAUGUCUGAGAAUAACUUUUUUUUAAGCAUUUCAAUGUACUUCAAAUCAGUUUCCCCACAUUUACUUCAGAUUUAAGUUCGUAUCAAGGAGUAAAUACAGCAGAACCCCUUUUGUCGUAGAGAUGGUCUUUUCCAGGCAUUCAGAUUGUAGAGCGCGAUCGAAAAAUAUUAACAAGGAAAAAAAACAGGUCAGACUCCCCUCGUUUUUUCCUCUAGUUUCCUCCGCGUACCAUUUAACUCGCUCACCACCAGGACGGAUAAUGCUCCCCACCAUCUAAACACCACACUCUGCUAUCUGAAGGCCUGGGACAGGCUAUUGUAAAGAGAGCAAUGAUAUUUUUUACCCCAAUGUAGCAUGCUGUAGCAUGUAUGCAACAAGUCCCCAAUAUCACGUGCACCUUCCAUUUCUUUGGUACUUGGUUGUAAUGAUUUUCCAAGUCUGUAUUGUUAAAGCCACAGCACAAUUUUGGCUGUUAACAUACUUGUCAAUGUUGGAGAUGUUGGGACUGAGUUAUUGUUGCUUAAGUUGAUUUUUGCUUGGGAGUCAACGAUUCACAUUAACUGUGGAGUGUUUCUUAGGGGAAAAAAACUGAACCAGUGGAACCUACCUGUCCAUAACAGUUGCCUCUUUAAAAUGCUUACUGACUUGCCACUGACCACUAGGUGGCCAUUGAAAACAUUUUUUUUCACAGAAAUCCAGGUGUACAAUUAGGAUUUCAUAAAAUAUGACUUGUAGUAGAUGAUGCUGGGAUGGGUGGGCAAUAGAUUUUCUGAUAGUCAUUGUUUUGAGUCUUUCCAAAGGAAGUUGCAGGCGUACUGAUAAACAUUGCCCGCUUUUUUCAUUGCAUUGGUUAACAAGCAUUGAUAACAAAAUUUUUUUUACAAUGCCUUUGCAGGUUUUGAUCACUAUUCAGUUGGUUGCUGAUCUGUCAUAUGCAUGGAUUAUCAUUGAUAGGUAAGAGUUAUGUUGUUUCCCUGCUCUGGUGCAAAGUGCAUGUCACUCAAGGGAAGGAGUUUGAAAGAAUGAACGAGAUUUUGUUGUCAUCCUCCGAAUACAACCGUGACUAGCGGCGUGGAGUUAUGGUUGUAUUCACAGGCUAUUGUUAUGUUUGUACUGUGGAUGUUUGAAUGCAAUAUUGAUAUAUUUCUUGUAACUGAGAAUGGAUGAAUCAGGUUCGAUAGAUGAAAAAGUUGAGAAUGUAUGGCAGAUGGACAUUUGGAGGGAUUGAAUUCCAACACAUUAGCAUUCUUAAAUUUAAAAUUAGAUAAAAACAUUUAUUCAAAUAAAAUUCAUAUCAAUGAUUGUUGCUUUUCAGACAUAUUAAUGCUGUUGUGUUUAUUUUAAAGUUAUUCUGGAUUCAUGCAACAAGGAAUCAAGAGCAAUCCUCAAUUAGUUCAAAAAUUAAGAGCUACGUUUCUCAAGGUAAAAUUCAGUUGUAUUAAUAUCUGUGCAUAGAGGUUUCCUGGAAUUGACAUCACAGUUGUAAUACAGCUGCACGCGUAUCGCUAUUGUUUAACAUUAGAGACCUUGUGAUUCAAGGACGAGGAGGACUACGAGGACAAGAUUUAAAAAUCAGGGGUGUAGCUAGGGGGGGUUCUGGGGUGCCCGUGACCCCCCCUUGGUAGGCCUUCUUUUGAGCAAACAACCUACAAUAUUUAGGUGGCGAAAACGCCAUGACAAUAUCAUGGCCGUAAAAGCCAUUGUUGAAAAGCCCACUUUUUUAAAAUUUGUUUUUUUGUAAAGUAUUGUCGUCAACGGCUCUUGUCUUUGGUUAAUAUGGGCCUUCAUGCCUUCACGCCACAUUAAGUAAAACGUAGCCUCUGUGACCCCCCCCCCCCCCCUUUGAAAAAUCCUGGCUACGCCCCUGAAAAUAGGCACCCCGCAAAGUUUCAUCGUACGUUUUUUUACCAAAAACGUUAGCACGCUCAUUUUUAUUGAAAGAGUUAAAGCCUUCUCCCAAUCGCAAAAUGCUAAAACUUUGAACCGUUGAUAGCUUGUUUCCCGCACAUUCCCGCUAAAGCCCUUAGUAGAAUGACAAAAGGCUAUUGCGUUUUCUCUUCUUCCUCUUAUAGAUGGCUUCAGCCAUGGAUCUGCCACUUGUGCGGAUUGGUCAGGCGAACAGUCCUGAUUUAAUGAGCGUGUCUCAGUAUUAUUCCGGCGAAUUAGUGGCUUACGUCAGAAAGGUAAGACAACUGACUCGUUUUCUUUAUGCAUAUGAAUGACACUUAGGUUUCUGUGAAAGGUUUGAACCCAGGAGUUAUUCAAAAGUAGGUUGAGUUUGAUCGUCCGGGUGAACGUAGUCCUGAAUAGGACUGUUGUUGUUGGCAGUGACUGACGUUUCGACAACCCGUGCGGUAGUCAUCUUUAGAGUCAAAGUGAGUUGUAUCACGUCAGUUGAUGGUAUUAUACUCUGGUUAUGGGUCAAACAAAGUCACCAACAGUCUUUCUCCAAUUCAAAGGCUAGGUUGCUUAGUCAGAUACAAAUGAAAAUUGAGCUAUUGGACGACGAUUCAUUACUUUGAGUUGUGAAAUGUUUAAACAAAAAAUUAUCUUCAUUCAAUUCUUUGGCAGAAUCCUUAAUUCGACAGAUUUAAGGUUUUUGAUGAUCAAACUUUCACUUAAUAUUAAAUUGACUAACCGAUGAAUCUAACAGUUCAAAGGAAAAUCUUGUUUUAAAUUUUCUUGUUCUCUAGCACUUUUGCCAAAUCGUAGGGGAAAAAAGCAGAAAAACAGAAGAGAGAAAACAAAACUAAAUUUUAAACUUUUUUUAUUAUUUUGGUGUGCAAACUUGAAGUACAGCUUUGCAUCUGCCUCAUAAAAUAUUAAUUAGUUGAUGAGGUAGGAAAAAUAAGUUGAUAAUUUUGGGUCGUUUUGUGUAGAUAGCGGCCAGCAGAUGUCUCAGUUUUGUAACCUCGGGCUCCCUCGAACUCAGAUUCUCGGAGACGUUUAAGAGAGUUUGAAUACUUCUCAUGCACCAAGUGAAGGGCUUUCGAUGAAGUGAAGUUAUUUUUUUUUUUUAGGUUUUACAGAUUAUUCCUGAGACUAUGUUCGGUUUACUGGCAAGGAUCAUUCAGCUACAGAUUAGUAGCGUAAAGGAGGUUGGUAGUUGAGGACGACCUCUAUUAAAGCGUCAUCAUUAUUGUUAAAAAAUUACGUUAUAUGAAAGUUAGUUUACACGUGUAUUCUGAUCGUCUAUUAAUGAAUUCCUUUAGGUUCCCACCAGGCUGGAAAAAGAUAAACUGAGAGAAUAUGCACAGUUGGAUGAACGAUACCAGGUAAUGUUGUCUGGCUAUUGAACAAGACAGUAAUACGCUUUCGAGUUCUUGAAUUCUUGCCCGCACAAGAAAUCAGUUAUUCAUGACAGAAAUAAGCAAGAAACAAGGAAAAUGCGUGUGGAUCGUAUAGACUUCAGAAUUGAAAGUCUUUCAGUUGUUCAAGACUGAUCUUUCCUCUGUUCCUCCGUUACAAUUUAGUUUACAUGGAUGGGAAACUUUGUUUCAAAUGGACUAUUUGCACGAUGACGUAUUUUUACUACUAAGACCAGAAUUCAUUUCGCUUUUCCUUUCAUAUUUAAGUUUGGUAGUCUCAGUGAGGUUUAAAUAGCAAAAGCCUUUAAUUGCACAAGAAAGCAAUACCCUGAAGGAUUCUGGUCGUAAUAGUAAAAUGACGUCAUCGUGCAAGUGGCCUGUUAUCCCUCUUACCGAUCCCGGAGAUCCUGAAAUAGACCAGAAUCCCUUGUAGGCCAGAGUUUGUAGCAUUUAUCUUGAGUGUUUGUGUUACAGAGACCUGAUGUAGCACCGCCGACCAAGUUGACCGUCUGUAGCCCGUCUUUGAGGUUACUCGCUGAUCAGAAAAUAGAUUAUUUUUUAUUAAAGAUGCCAGCCUCAGCCAAGUUAGAUAUAGACAUCUCAUGAUAAAUGCCGAAAUAAGUAAAAAUGUCAACCUCUAACCUGUUAAAUGUUAUUUAUUCAGAUUGCAAAACUGACCCACUCUAUCUCAGUGUUUACUGAAGGAAUUUUGAUGAUGAAAACCACUUUAGUGGGAAUUAUUAAGGUGAGAAGUGAAUCAGAUUUGACUGUCGAAGCAGCAUGGCCGAGUGGGGGACUUGUAAUCCGGAAUCCCCGAGUGCACGUCCCACCCUGACCGCUCGUUUGAUUUGUUUUCGCUUGUCCAAUAGCCAACUGGUUCGCCUCCUACCAGUUGGGAUUCGUAACCUUGUUAUGUUCCAUUUGAAUAAUUUGUUUCAUUAUUCCUGAAAAGCCUCUUGAGGGGAAAGUAUAAUUAAUUGAUCUAAUAUUUAUGAUUUGUGAUUUUUUGAUAUUAAAUUUUUAUUUUAACUGUUUUAUUGCGGCGACGUGGCGUUGUCUGAUAAUGUUCUCGACAACAAAUUCUUCAUCAGAGUUCUCUUUAGAAGUAACUUUGUAUGUAAAGAUCUGGCUGACGUUGUUUUAUGUUUAGAUUGAUCCCAAGCAGCUUUUGGAGGAUGGUAUUAGAAAAGAACUUGUCAGACAGGUGGCCUAUGCUCUUCAUACUGGCCUCAUAUUCAAUCCAAAGGCAAAGGUACGUUGUCUGAACACUGAACAGUGAAAUUCUGAUAAUAGGGAGUUCAUUUUACAGUCAAUUGACGAUACCAAAUUUGUAUUUCUUAGCCUCUUUCUUAUCAUAGAGACUGUUUGUCCAAAAAUUUGGGCAAAAAUAUCGCUCAAGAAUGAAAACGACCUCUUCCGGUCCAGUGACGUGCGUCGCUCAAAAACGUCUUUGCUUAAGCCCCCUAACAUGAUAUCUACAUGCAACGGGUAAUUUGAAUCGGACUACUAACGUGGUCGUUUAGCCUUUAUAGCGCCGUUCAUGCAGCUCAAUACCCUGUAAUCUUUUCUAGUAUCGAAGUUAUUUGAAAUGAGUUUACGAUAACUUGCUCGUGCAGCUCAGAGCAAACCUUAGGUCGAUGACUGUCGCGUUCGAUUUUUUCCCGCCAUUUUGAACGUGGCGACCAAACUAUGGGAAGAUGACUUAACUACUUUUGGUACGGGAAGUGGGUCGCGACGAUCUGCUUUCCCGCCCCCGCCCCCAUACCCCAAGUAGUUUUGUCCCAAUCCAUAAAGGGUCAAGGACACAAGCGUCAAAGUUAGCCGCGUAACUUUUUACAGGUUUACAUAGGGUCAGCUUAUUGUCCGCGACUUGGCCGUGAACAACUAGAUUAUACGUUGUGGUUUAGCGUUUUAAAUUAUACCUAACGUAGGUAGCCUUAUUUUCGUUUGUUAACAGCAAUCUGAACUUGACAUAAAAUUGAAAGGGCUAGGAGGAAGAAUGGAUGGAUUUCGUCGGUCGUUUGAGUACAUCCAAGAUUACAUCAACAUUUAUGGUCUGAAAAUCUGGCAAGAGGAAGUGUCCAGGAUCAUUAACUAUAAUGUGGAACAAGAAUGUAAUAGCUUCCUCAGAGAAAAGGUACUUGAUACAAUAGACUUGCGCAGCAGAGGCUAAAUCAUGGGCGGGGCCCAUUCGUGUGGAGAAAACUUGCCCCGGGUAGAAGUAGAAGGGUCACUCGCUUAUCCGAGCUACCCUGGGUGAGCCAACUUUUUCCACAUCCUUUACAAAGCUUGGAAAACCGUUUAGAGUAGAGUAGAUAACCUUAUUUAAACACGGUUAUUAUAGCUAACUAAACUAACUCUGAUUAAAAAUAUAUUCAUAAAAUUUUAACUACCUAGCUAUUUACAAAUAAAAGCUGCUUUUCAAGGAUGCCGUGUAAAACUGUAUUAAUGUAUGAUCUCAUUCAAAACUGUUGCGACACAGUUUACGUUUAAAAUCAUGUAAAGAAUCUGCAGAUCUUAAAUCAUGGGAUAGGCUGUUCCACAGCUUAGCUCCGUUAUAGGAGAAACGUUUCUUUAAAUAAUUGGUACGGGGCAGUGGAAGGACUAAUUUAUUUUCAGUAUUCCUCAAUCGAUAAGAAGUUAUUUCGUCACGAGAUACAAAUUUAGAUGUUAGAUAGUCGGGAGUCAUCCCAUGUACGGUUUUAUACAUCAUAAUAGCCGUCGAUACUUGUCUUUGGUGUUUAAGCUUACACCAACCCAGUGCCAGGAACAAAUCGUCCACAUUACAAUCAGAAUUAGCGGACAUUAGAAUACGGGCUGCACGAUUUUGGAGCCUCUGCAGCUUAUCGGAAAGACCAAUGCCGCAGUUGCUCCUUACGACAUUACAGUAAUCAAAAUGCAGUUGAAUUAAACUGUCGUAAACAUUAAUUAAUACGUUAAAAGGAAUAUGAUGUCUUAUUCUUUUAAUUGCACCCAAAGCAGAAGCAAUCUUUUUACAAAUACUCUGUAUGUGGCAUUCCCAGCUUAAGUUUUGGUCAAUAUCCACUCCAAGAGAUUUUGCCGUUGACACUUGCAUCACGGGAUGGUCGUUUAUCAUAAAAGGAGGAGUUUCAGAAAUCUUUUAUAGCUUCUGCCUCGACCCAACUAACAUAAACUCAGUUUUAGUCAAGUUAAGGGUCAGUUUGUUAGCCGAUAGCCAUAUAUACACCUUGUUUAAAUCGUCGUUAACGCAGUCAUUUAUGAGAUUUAAAUCUGCGCUGGCAUAGGUUAGGCUGGUGUCAUCGGCAUACAUUCUAGGUUGUGAAAAAGGCAAGCAAUUAGGUAGGUCAUUAAUAUACAGUAAAAACAAUAAAGGUCCAAGAAUUGUUCCCUGGGGAACACCACAUGUAACUAAUUUUGGGUUUGACAUUGAGCAAUUAAUUUGGCAAGUUUGGGUACGAUUGUUUAAAUACGAAGUAAACCAUUCGUGACAGGAACCGCGUAAUCCAUAAUAUUGUAAUUUCGUUAAUAAGAUACGAUGAUCAACUGUGUCGAAAGCCUUUUUUAAGUCUAAGAAGACAACGGCAUUGACAAGGCCACGAUCAACGUUCACUGUCCAGCUAUCGGUAGCUUCGAGUAAUGCGGGUACAGGAGAAUGUAAAGAACGAAAACCAGAUUGGUAACGGGAUAGAAUACGAUUCUCAGUAAGAUAGUGAUACAACUGGCCACAACUGGGAUCACCGAUAUUGGUCGAUAAUUGGUGGGAUCAUUUCGUUUACCAGAAUUUUUAUACAAUGGAGUAACCCUAGCCGACUUCCACUCAUCGGGAAAAAUUCCUGUCAACAGUGAUUGAUUAAAUAUUAAAGUAAGAGACUCGGCAAUUAGAUCAGGGCACUCCCUUAAUAAUCUAGCUGAUAUACUAUCUAAUCCAGUGGCCUUUGAUUUACAAAGUUUUGAAAGGAGAGAAUAAAUAUGAGCAGAUGUUAUUUCCUUGAAGACAAACUCCUUAGAAGUUCCACAAAGAAACUCUUUGUAGGUGGUAUCAACAUUCGAAACAUUUCGACUAAGCCUUGGUCCAAUCUCAAUGAAGAAAGUGUUCAACAAUUCAGCAACUUCUGCUUGAUUGCUCGAUUUUAGUCCCUGAUAUUGUAUUUCAUUUAUUAUUGUUUUAUUAGAUUUGCGGGAAGUCAAUUCAUUGAUGGUCUUCCAGGUCUUACGUUGAUCACCGGCAUAAUUAUUAAAAGAAUUAUUAUAAUACGCCUUUUUAGCAGCCUUGAUUUCCUGAUUUACUUUAUGUUUGACCUUCCGGGAUCGAUUCCAAGAGGACGCAUCCUUAGUUUUAACAGCUUUUUUUUUAGCCGGUUUCUGAAAUUCAUUCGUUUUUUCAAAUUUGUGGUAAUCCAAGGAGACUUGGUGGGACGAGUGCGUUUGGUUUUCACAGGGGCGUGCUUAUCACAAACACUUAGGAAUAAUUCUUUCCAUUUUUUUCCACAUGUCAUUGGGGUCGUACAGUUCUUUGAUAUCGUCCCACGGUUGCGUCGAAACAUCAUUACGGAAAUUAUUGCUGUUGAAAUGUUUAAAUUGUCUAUAGCUGAUCAAAUUGAUUCCUUUAGAAACAGGCGGGAUUGAAAUUUUACGGUACGCGUAAACAAGACUGUGAUCGCUUAUACCCACGUGUGUCACCCCAGAACAGAGAAUAUUGUCUUGGUGACUGGUGAAAAUAAGAUCAAUUAGGGUACUUGUUGAGUGUGUGACUCAAGUAGGCUCGUCGAUUAAUUGUUUUAAGCCAUAAAUAUCGGUAACAUUUAACAGAGCCCUUGCAUAAAUGUUUUCACUGGACAGCAAAUCGCAAUUCAUAUCACCCAUAAGAUAAUGUUCAACAUUCUCGGAAUCAAGUCUUGCUAACAAGGAGUCAAUAUUCGAGAAAAGGUCUAUAAGUGAAUUUGGCGAGGUGCUUAUAAGCGACAGUUUACGGUAUCUAGCAAUUGUUUCUUCUCAGGUACACGACUGGCAGUCUAUUUACCAGUCCACCACAAUUCCCAUCCCAAAGUUCCCUCCGGUUGAUGAGUCUGUGAACUUCAUUGGACGGUUGGCACGGGAGAUCCUACGAAUAACAGACACCAAGUAAGCUUACAAUUUUUUGCGCUAGAAAAAAAAAACAUCCGUGGUGAUUUGAAGUUCGUUAACGAGAGGUGGCUGUUUACGAGAGAUCCCAACUAUAGUGCUUUGAAUGGAAAAAAAAAAUGUUUUUUCUGCAUAUUUGAUCACUUAUGAGAGGUGUGGUUUUGCCUACGAGAGAUUCUAACCAGUAGCAUUUUGACUGGGAAAGAUGAGUUUGGUUAUUAUGUUUAUGUCGUCGCAUUUGUGAGGUCGUCAAUAUAGGUUCAACUGUAUCUUUACCGAGAUAUGAUUCCGUUUUUAAUUCUAAUCCCCUUUGCUGUAUUGCAGGACCACGUGUUACAUUGAUCAAAUGGGAGCAUGGUAUGACAGCAGAACAAAGCAGGAAGUUAUGAAUCUACUGAUUCUGAAGAAGCUUCAGCAGGCGGUCGGUUCCUUUGGUUUGACAGGUCUGGACAAACUGCUCUCCUUCAUGAUCGUCAAAGAACUGCAGGUUUGUUUAUUUGUCAUUUUUGUUUUCUUUUGGGUUGUUUUGUUGUUCCUGUUUUGUUUUUCGGCCCUUUCAAGGCCAGUAGUGCUCAAGUAAUUGACUAAUCCACAGUUUUUCUAAGUUUUUUGGCCCCUCUCUCUGAAACAAUACGUAUGCACUAGUACAGUAUUUAUAUUAACCGCACUCGAUAAAAUAACUUGUAUUUCCUUCAGAGUUGUUGAACACACUGCCUUGAAAUUGAGAGCAAAUACGGAAAACGCAGUUUUCCCGUGAAAAAGCCGCAUUGGAACAUGUCACAUGUUCAAAUGCAUACGUGUAUGAAUCCACAAUUGCUCUAUGAAAAUUUGAAGGAAGUUUAAUUUUUUUAAUUACACACCAACUUUUUCCCUUCAGUCUGUUUGUUCACUCGACACGACUGGCAUUGUUUCGUUUUGUUUCUAGAAAUUCCAAGCUCUUCUUAGGGGAUCUCUCAAAGAUAAAAUGAUAACGGACACUCUGACGGGACUUUCUAAAGUCCUUACUCCAGUAAAAAGUUUGAUUGGUAAGUAGUAUUUAGCGUCUGGAAAUGUUAGUCUCCCAUGGAACCUUUACGUCUUGUCAUGCAACGCUCCUCCCCAGAGUGUCGCGUGACAGGACAAAAACGGCUGCAUCUAGAUGGCAGACUACUGGAUAUGUUUGCUUUACGAUUAAUUAGCACACUGCUGUGCGUUAGGCUUAGUCGGUGUUGUAUCGAAUGGUACAAUUUCAACACACUCUCCUGCGCAACCUCAAAAUAACCAAUAAAAGAAGCGAUAGCGUCAUCAAAACAUCCUCAUAAUACAAUUUUCACAAUACCGACUCAGUCUUCCUCCGGUGCAACGUCAAAAUGUCCAAUGGCCGAGCCUUUACUUAAACUGCUAUAAUAUUGUUUCAGUGGUAGGUGGUAUAUUCACGAGAAGCCGCACUCCAAUUUUUUUUUUUUUACCAUAAGCUGCAGUAACCUCUCGACAAGACAACUAGCGUUUUUGCAAGCGAACACAUCAGUCAGGAUGGUGGCAUAGUAUUGUGAUUGUUGGGUCGUUUGGGUCUGCGUCGUAUUUGCAAGCUUGUAAUGUCCUAUAGAAAACAAUCAAGCUUGUUUUGAUUUGAAAUAGUUGGUAACUGUAUCUAAUCGACAAUGUGUUCAGCACGAGGUACAUCACCCACUGAAGACCAACCACUUUUUCUGGCCAGCGGGGGUUAUCUUAUGUAGGCCAAACGCAGCCUUUUGUUCUAAUAAAGCUAAGUCUGGUAAAAAUUCUGUGGAGUUUUUAUUCAUAGUUGUUUUUCAUUUGUUUUUAUUCAUUGUUGUUUAUUGUGUUCCUUGUUCCUUGUUUUUGUUUAGCAACUCCUUACAGAGUGUAUCCUCCGGUAACUCAAAAACUGGCCCGACUUUGGACGCAGUACUGUGAAGCUAUAAUGAAAGUACGCCAACUAAUCACUUCUUUAAACCAUUUUUUGUUGACUGUGACGGUGGAUAUAUGCAACUUAAAACAUCGCAGGUUUUCAAAGAAAACGCAAGAAAUCUAGAUUUAGAAGUAAACUAGCACACGGACGAGUAAGAGAAAUUUCUAAGAGCAGCUGAAGAAAGUAGUGAAGUUACCAACGCAAGCCUCCUUUAUUCUUCUUCCUAGUGAAUUUUGUCCGCGCUAUCGUUAACAAUUAACCUUUUUCAAUGCUUUCCUGUCAUUUGGCGAGAAACUUGAUACGGUAUCCAAAUUAAUGAUCGUUAUUAGUUAUUCCAUGAUCUAGUACUGAUCAGUGAUUGGCUGGUUGAGUUUGAAAUGCAUCCACUUGCUGGUGCCUAUUGGCUAACGUCUCUUUCUCCCAGAGAGGAGGGGCAGUCUAGAGUUUGUCGUGACAGAGUUCGUCCAGUUUAUAAAUAUUGUUGAUUUGUUUUUCGUCCAGGUUGGACAGAUGCAGCUUAUAAGAAGACAGAUUUCCAAUGAACUUAACUGUUCCUGCAAGUUUGAUUCACAAGUUCUCUACAACGCGCUAGGCACAUUUAACAAGUUAGAGCGUUUUUGUUCUUAUUUCAAUGCAAUGUCUGUAUUUUGGGAUUUCUUUGACUAUGGGAAAAUUGUUUGGAACUUUUCUAAGUCGAACUUAAAAAUUCUUUAGCUAAAUUGAUGAAAAUGUGUUUCGAUCCGUUUUCCCGGGUAAAAAUAUUCGUAAAAAAAGAAAAGGCCUGGUAAUGUUGGCCAAGCAGAAUUCUGAACACUGAGUCAAAAAGAAUUUCCAGCCUCAAGAUGGUACGGUGAAAAGCAGAGGUGGUAAGUUAUGUGCUUUUUUGACCACAUCGUCUUCAUAAAUCCUUCUCGCUGUCCUUUUUUCAGUGCUCUUUUGCGUGAUGUCGAGGCUCAUUACCAGGAUCCUACUCGGCCAUAUCCCAACGAAGAAAAUCCACUCAUGUUUGAGCUGACGUCAUAUCUUGAGUGGGCUGGAAUUCAUAAUCCCCUGACAAAGGUAUGACAAAGCGCCGAUCAUUCUACUUUUCUUGGCUAUCUUUUUUUUCGCUUUGUAUGGCUUCUGAUUUCGGGUGCAAAGUGAUUAUCCUAAAGGGCUACCGCUACGUCAUUGCCUAUUUGUCUUCUAGCGUGUUAUUGCUGGCAUUAAAUUUGCGGCAAUAUCUAUUGUCGUGUACCUAUCAAGUAUGUUUCAUGUUUAAAAACAUCGAUCGAAAGAUAUUCGCCUUAUGCGUAACAAUGGACGGUAAAUCUUUGAUGUUAACACGCGGUUUGUUCCAUAAGGAACCUGGUCGAAGACAUGUAAUUUCCAAUUGGCGUCGUCCGUUUCACGGGAAGUUCUGCAUUGACGUGAAUAAGGCGGAUCUAAGAGUAAUGAGGCGCGGUAACCUAGUGGGUAAGGCGUCGGACGUGAGAUCCAGGGAACCUUGCUGGAGCUUAGAGAAGAAAAUUUGCUUCAUGUUGUCUCUCUUCAAAAUGAGUACUGGAUAAAAGCUGCUACAGAGAACACUGUGGUGAACUUGUGUCCCUUGUAGUGGAUAUUACCUCCUAAUCAGACAUUUUUUUUGCUCGACACGCAAACACCAAUCACAGCGCACUUCCAAACUAAGGAAGGGUGUACUUUGAACCGUGAGAAAUUUCGCGCGAGACUCCACUAACAAGCCUGACGGAAGCUAGUGUGGCCUUUCAACAAGGGUGUGACACCAUAAAAAAAUCGUCGAUUUAAGUGCUUAUCAACGACAGGUUACAGGGUACUUCGUGGGUAAGAAGAAGGAUUCGACUGGGUUCGACAAGUCACCUAACAUUACGCAUUGCUUUUCCGUUUUACAGAUUUAUAUUACUACAAAGAAGUAUCCAUUUUUCGCGCUGCUCAACUUUUUGUGUGUGAUUGCACAGAUGUCAAAGCUGGUGUAUGUGAAGAGUGUUGGUAAGAACCUCUAGAUCUUUCUUGUAUUUUCAAGCAAUUUCCAUUUGUCUGACUGUUGGACAUCUACAGCGGUCUUGUCACAAUUUUAAACCAAGACAUAUAACUCAAUUGCUAACUGACAGACAAUCAUUCAUAGUUUCUUUUCCUUCUCUGCUGGCUUCUAUCAAUAGGCCAAGUUACAGUUGUAUGCUAAGGUACCUAGCCUCCGAGUGGAAGGGAGGCUGGUGGUGACUCUCUUUUGAUAGAAAGCUCAGUUCAGUUCAUGUGACAUGAUACGUUUGAAAACACGGUCGCCUCCAGCCUCGCUUCCACUCAAGGUCAGGAUACUUAGUACACAACUGUGCAAUGGUCUAUUGGUAGUCCUCGUUUCCAAGUUUGAGUGUUAAGCCUUCCAUUUGGACAGUUUACUUCCUUGAAAGCCAGGGGAAGGGGGAUUGGAGGGGGAUUUCUUAGAACUACAUUUAUUUUUUUCAUGAUUUUCUUCAUCGAGAUCAGCCAAUUCUUGAUGAAUUCUUCUUUCAGGUACAAUGGUAGCGAGACGUCCGACCGAUCAAAUCGACAGCGCGCCCUUUGUAGUGGGCAUGAUAACAGUUCUAAAACAAUUCCACUCUGAAUACACGGAGCAGUUCCUGGCCUGCUGUGGUCAAUACGUGAGGUCCCUUAUAGAGGCUACUGCCAACAAGUAAGUGCGUAACACCGGUCAUAAACAGCGCCACAAGGAACGUACCCCCCCCCCCCCUUUUCUCGAACUGUACAGGGAUCCCUGACAAAUUUCCUCAUCACAUUUCGUUCUUAGGCGGGGCCAUGUCAUACUAGUAUUUAAUACAGAAAACCCUAUCUUGUAUCGCGCUUAUCUUACGUUCCUUGUUGUUUUAUCAUUACGUUUGUAUUCUUACUGUUGAUUUUUUUUCUGUUUUUAUUUUGUAGUGUUAGAAGUAACGAGAUUCCUGCCGAAGUUGUAAAUCUUUUAGUUUUCCUGGAAGACUUUCUUAUGUACAGUCAGCUUCCAAGAAAGGUGCGCUGGAUUCUUUUUCUUUAUUUAACUUAACCUUAUGGUCAGCGUGUUAGACUGAAGUCAAGUAUUUUAUUGUCUUAAUGUGUAGGUAUAAAGGUUUAAAAAUGCAUGCUUUUUUAAGCGAGAAACGAUAAGCACAAUAAGCUCAGGCAGGGGUUUUAGAGUAACAUAGGGUGUGUAAUUUAAUAGCCUUCCACUUUGUAAAUAUUUGCUUUUUUUAUUUGACAUUUUUGUUUAUUUUGUUUGCGUUUCUUUUCAGGUUGUGGAGGCUCACAUUCCAAGCUACAUUUUUGAUCAGUUUAGAGUUAAUCUCACGUAGAUAUUUAGCUGAAACUUCGUCCAUUAAGAAAUCAUUAUUGAAGUUCCAGAUACAAGAGUACAUUGAACUCAUAUAACAAAUAUUUCGGAAUAAGUCUGACCUUAGAUGAAUUGACUGUCGUCUGACAAUGCCCCCUUAAGGAAUGAUAGUGAAAACGUACUUUCCCGAGUUGGCAUAGCCAGUCGAGACCCGUACACUAAAAACUCUGUCCGGUAUACAAAAAAUCGUAGUGGCCGGUAGUCCGUUUUCUAGGUUUCUGGUUUGUUCUUUCAUAGACGGUAAUUUAGAGCUUCUACGUCGGUUAUUACACCAUAACAAUAUGAAGAUGAUGUUGACAUUGGUGAUGAUUAUGAUGUGAUGGUGAUGAUUAUGGUGAUGUAGUGAUGAUAUGAUCUCGACGAUGAUAUAGCGACAAUUGACAAAAUACGACGCAAUCGAGUGAUUAGAAAAUUGUCGCGGCGUUGGUUUUUAAGUCUGACUAACAGUUCAGCUUGACAUUUGAUUUUAGUAGAGACUUUCCUACCUCUGCGUAUUUUUUCCUCUCUUGUUCCCAGGGAUGAUAUAAUGGUACACUUCUCCCUCAAUCUUGUCCCCAGGGCUUCUCCCCUUUUCCGAUACACCGUUUUGCAGACAGGUCCGUUUUGCAAAAAGUCAGUUCCAUAGCAUUGGGGAAGAUCCAUUCCAUUGGCAGGGGGCAAAAUUGCAAUCCCAAAUUACGUGCUAAAAUAUCGUUUUCCCACAAUAGACUUAAGGGAUCUUCCCACAUGAACUUAAAGGGAUCGUUAGCAAACUGGUGUAUUUAUAAGGAAAAUGCCCUCGGAGCAAGGUUGCUUCUUGCUUUCUCGCAGUGUGCUAUGAGACACGCGGCAUUUUCUUUGUGUACACAUGUAUGAAAUUUGUCCGUGGGGGACAUGGGAACCAGUACAAUGCUGUCGAGUACAGAAUAAAACCUCUCAAACAUUUAAUUUUAGCAAGAAACAAAUGUUUUAUAGAUUAGUC